AUGUGGUCUCUGGAACACCUUCACAACAUGAAGAUCCUUCUUUCCAGGCACCAUGUUGCCAAAAUAACAAAAGCACACGACGAGACACGAUCAUUACCAAACAAGCAGGGUCCACGUCGCCACUGUGAUGAUGCUGCCCACAUUAAUCCAGGGGGUCCAGGGGGCUUCAAGCUCCCACAAACACCGGUAUCCGGCCUAAACUUGCAACUCGAAAGCCAGAACGGAAACGGGUGGGAAAAAAUGGCCGUAAACGGGUUGUACGGCCGUUUGCCCACCCUUUCAAUUACAGCUAAUUCAAGCCCAAACGGAAAUGGGUAA